AAAGCAAAGAGCAGAAUUGGAGGUUCUCUCUUGAUCGCCGAAGCCUCUGGAAGAAGCGUUUGUACUCACGAGGAGAAGGCCGGAAGGAAAAUACAAGGAGAAGAAGAUGCAAGGGGGCGACGAUUUAAGCAUCGAAGAGCUCGCUUCCACUCUCUCCACGUAUAAAGAUCAGCUCCGUGAGGUUAGUAAACUUUUGACUGAUGACCCUGGAAACUCCGAAUAUGCAGAUAUGGAGAAGGAGCUUGAAGAGGUUAUUGCAUUGACAGAGGAACUUCUGGCAACGGCAAAGCCAACAGAUGUUGGCCAGCUUCACACUGAUGCAUCUCCCCAGGGUCAGUUUGGUGGACCAUCUCAGUCCAAGCCAUAUGAAAAAUUUUCUGUUGGCACCAAAGUUCAAGCAGUUUGGAGUGAGGAUGGGGAAUGGUAUGAUGCCACAAUUGAGGCUAUAACUCCUAAUGGAUAUUAUGUCUACUAUGAUGGCUGGGGAAACAAAGAGGAGGUGGAUCAUGCUAAUGUUAGGCCAGUUGAAGAGGGUGAUGCUUUGUUGGAAGCUGAAAGAGAAGCUGAGGCUACCAGACAAGCCAUCAAAAGAAAAAUUGCACAAUCUGCUAUAACUGACUUUCAAGCACGGACCUUGCCUGCAAAACUUCGUAUUGAUCCCAAUGAUCCAGAUGAUGUGAAAGCUACUAAGCGCAAGAAAAUACAUGCCUUCAAGUCGAAGGUUCGGAGUGAACAACUGGAAGUCGCACAAAACAAGCGCCAGAAUGCUUGGCAGCAAUUCCAGUCUACCAAAGGAAAAACUAAGAAGAUUGGGUUCUUCUCAGGCCGCAAGCGAGAGAGUAUCUUUAAGUCCCCAGAUGAUCCUAGGGGCAAGGUUGGUGUUACCGGCAGCGGGAAGGGACUGACAGAGUUCCAGAAGAGGGAGAAGCACUUGCACCUCAAGGGAGGUGCAGUGGAUGCGGAGGACUGAAUUGUAAGCAGUACUAGAAGCCAACAAGAUGAAGUCGAGCUUCUGCGCAAGCAUCCAGCUGAAAACGCCAGGUUGGAGAGCUAAAGGAAUCCUGGAAUCAUAUUUAGUGGAAGAGAACCUUGAAGGUCUGCACAUAUUAUUAGCUCAUCCAUGUAAGAGAACAUUUACGUUAGAAAGAAAACACCAAUAACAAUAGCAUUUUGCAUCAAUACCCACAUUAUAACAUUAUUUUGAUUAUGGGGCAAGGCGAUUACCUUCUCUCCUGAUA